CUCUCUCUCUCUCUCAUUCCCCGUCUCAAUAUGUCUCAAGAUGGCGGCCAGCGCUGGAUCGAUGUUCCAAUAUUGGAAGCGGUUGGAUUUACAGCAGCUGCAGAAGGAGCUGGAUGCCACCGCCACAGCUCUGGCCAGCAGACAGGACGAAAACGAGCAGUCUAGGAAAAAACUCAUCGACCAGAGCCGAGAGAUCAAGAAGAACACUCCAGAGGACCUGCGUAAGCAGAUCGCUCCACUGUUAAAGGGCUUCCAGACAGAGAUUGACGCUCUGUGCAAGAGGAGUAAAGAAUCGGAGGCUGCCUUCCUCAGUGUGUAUAAGAGAUUAAUCGAUGUCCCAGACCCAGUCUCUGCUCUGGAGGCCGCUCAGCAGCUGCAGCUGACCGUCAGGAAGAUGCAUGAUGUGGAGACAGAGAAUCAGAAACUGCGUGAGAAGCUGCAGGAUUACGACAGAGACUCUGCACAGAUCAGAGGAAAUGAGGGGACAAUUAAAGCCCUUCAGGAGAAGUUGGAAGAGUAUGAGCGACUGUUUGAGAAGCAGCAGGCUGUAAAUGCAUCUAAGGAUGAUGAUGAUGAAGACAAUGCAGCAGAACAGCCUCCCAGUAACUAUGCAGAUAAAGACAGUGAGCUACAGGAGAAACUGAACACAGAGGAAAUAAAACUUCAGACCAUACAAACAGCUCUUGAAAAAACUCAGGCAGAACUUCAGGAACUGAAGGCGAAAUUUGAUGAAGAAUCCAGAACUAAGGCCAGUGAGAUUAAAGUGAUGAAAGCAGAUGUGGAGAACGCCAACCAGCGAGCCGAGGCAGCAGAGAGGGAAUUGGAGAGUCUGAGAGAGCAACUCGCCAACCGAAAAACGGCAGACAGGGCUGAGAUGGGUGUGAAGGUGUGUGAGGUGGAGUGUGUGUCUGAUGAUGUUCUGAAACUCCAGAAUGAACUGACUGAAUUGACUGAGUCAACAGCCAAUCAAAUCAGCCGGAUGCAGCAGCAGCUCAGUGAUAAAGAGGACAAGCUAAAGAAAAUGGAGGAGAAGCUCCGGGCCCAGUGUGACUAUGAGGAGCUAAAGAAAGAGUUGAGCAUCCUCAAAUCCAUGGAUUUUAGCUCAUCUAAGCACUCUUCAGCACAGGAUUCUCAGCAGCCGUUGGAGCUGCUGUCUGGUAAAGAGUCCGGCCAAGUAGAUGGAGUGGUGAAACGACUGACCCAUAGUGAACUGACUGGGUCUGUGGGUCAUAAAGGUAAAUUGUCUCCAGUGGAAACCCCCCAACAUCUCCCUGCCACGCCCGUGCCCACCAACGCCACACAAGGCCCUCCCCCUCAGCUCCUGAUGAGGGACACAGCUACCUCCGAAUCCGCCGCCAGUGCCAACGGUACCCACCCCUUCUCCCCAACGGGCAUCGGACCGGACUUCUUCACGCCUGCCGUCGCCAGUGUGGGUGCCACCUUCCCUCCACUGGCGGGAAAAAUGGCUCUUAGUUCACUCCUCCAGCGCCAGCUCAUGCAGAGCUUCUACACCAAAGCCCUGCAGGAGAGUUCUGUCGGAGCCCUUCUCUUUGCCCCCCAGCACUACGCCUCAAGCCCCCUGCCUCCUGCAGCCAGUCCGGAUACUAAUGGCAUGGUCCCGUCACCCAGCCGCUCAGAGGGUGCUGGCAGCGCCUCGGAGGCGGAGGAGAUGGACACAGCUGAAAUCGCCCGGCAGGUUAAAGAGCAGCUAAUCAAACACAACAUCGGCCAGAGAGUGUUCGGUCACUACGUCCUGGGGCUGUCCCAAGGCUCAGUCAGCGAGAUCCUGGCCCGGCCCAAACCCUGGAGCAAACUGACCAUCCGCGGGAAAGAGCCUUUCCACAAGAUGAGGCAGUUUCUCUCCGACGAGCAGAACAUCCUGGCACUGAGGAGCAUUCAGGGACGGCAGAGAGAGAACCCAGGCCAGAACCUGAACAGAGUGUUUCAGGACGUUCCCAAGCGGAGAACCGGCUCAGAAGGCUCCUCUAAGCCAGGUAACAUCACCACCAGGAUCCGCACCCCGGAUGGGGGCUCAGAUGAAGCCAUUAAAUCCAUCCUGGAACAAGCCAAACGGGAGCUGCAGGUGCAGAAAGUUGAAAGUGUUCAUCCGCCCUCUUCCUCUGAUGAAAACAUUCGCUCCAUCCUGGAUCAGGCGCGCAGGGAUAUGGAGGUCCAGCACGGGGCAAUGGAGUCGGGGCUGAAGGCCCAGUCCGAAAUCUCCCUGCUGGGAUCCAAGCUGCUGACCUCGCCGCUGUCCGGCCUGGCGUACUCUCCGCUGGCACUGACCCUGAAAAAGCCGCUGGACUAUCAAGCCUCAGUGAAGCGUGAGAGCAGCGAGGGGGCGCUGUCUGAGGCCAGUCGAAAUCCCGACCCCGCGGGGUCCUGGAGAGAGCAGUGGUGGAACACCAUUCAGAGUGAGCGGCGUGGAGUCCUGCAGCUCUCCUCCAGUGAGGACACACACAGUCAAGAGGACAGCAAGAUUGGAGAGCACAAGCCUCUCAGGCUUGGCAGUAUAACCUCGGCAUCCGCUCCGGCACCAAGCUCCUCUCUAGACUGCUGGAAGGACUGGCCCAGCGCAGAAUCUCCGUUUUCCCAGAGUUCUGAGCUCAGUCUACCAAUGGCUGGUGGGUCUUGCUCUGAGACGCCCCAGUGCAGUCCCCUGCCCUCCUGCCCCCUGCUAGCCAUCGCAAAAACGGCCAGUAAACCUGUGGUAGCCCCACUGACCCCAGAACAGUACGAACACUACAUGUACCAGGAGGUGGACACAGUGGAGCUGACCCAGCAGGUCAAAGACAAACUGGCCAAAAGUGGCAUCUGCCAACGGGUCUUUGGAGAGAAGGUUCUGGGCCUGUCUCAGGGCAGUGUGAGUGACAUGCUGUCUCGGCCGAAGCACUGGAGCAAACUCACUCAGAAGGGCAGAGAGCCGUUUAUUCGCAUGCAGCUGUGGCUCAACGGAGAAAACACACACCAAGUCCAGGAGAUCACUCCCAAAACAUCAGCUAGCUGCAGUCCGGCCCCGGAGUCGCCCAUCAGCUCAGCCGAGGAGUCCGUUAAGAGUCAGCCAGAAGAUCAGUACAUCCAGUCUAUGGGCCAAGAGACCAGCGAGGUGUCUGAAUUGCAGAUGGACACACCCCUUCCCUUGCCGGUUCCUGGAAACUCCGGACUCAGCAUUCAGGAGAUGGUGGCCAUGUCUACAGAGCUGGACACAUACGCCAUCACAAAGAAGGUCAAAGAAGUCCUCACUGAUAAUAACCUCGGUCAGCGUCUGUUUGGUGAGAGUAUUCUGGGCCUGACACAGGGGUCAGUUUCGGACCUGCUGGCCCGACCCAAGCCCUGGCACAAGCUCAGCCUAAAGGGCAGAGAGCCGUUCGUCCGAAUGCAGCUCUGGCUCAACGACCCAAACAGCGUGGACAAGCUGAUGGAGAUGAAACGGAUGGAGAAGAAAGCCUACAUGAAGAGGCGGCACAGCUCAGUGAGUGAGAGUCCCUCACGAGAAGCCGUAGUCUGUGUAGCUGAUUACAGCCAGGCCAGCAGUCCACAGCCCCUCGUGCGUGACCACCAGCCCCAGCUGAAGAAGCCCCGUGUGGUUUUAGCUCCAGAGGAGAAGGAGGCACUAAAGAGAGCUUACCAGCAGAAACCAUAUCCGUCCCCAAAAACCAUUGAGGAACUGGCCAGUCAGCUGAACCUCAAAACCAGCACCGUCAUCAACUGGUUCCACAACUACAGGUCUCGUAUCCGGCGGGAGUUGUUCAUAGAGGAAAUUCAGGCAGCGGCAGGUGGAAAAGCCGGGGCAGACGGCGAGAGCAGCUGCGACGGCGCUGAAUCGGACAGCAGAGCGUCCGGGCUGGAGGAUCCUACCCACGAUGAGCUGGGCAUCGCAGCGACCAGCGGGCACACGGACGCCCUCUUCAGCUUCCCAGAAUCGGCCCUCACGUCGUCCUCAUCGUCCUCAGCGGCAGUGGCCUCCUCCAAUCCGAGAGACAGCAGCCUGCGGCGGAAGAAGGCAGCAAACCUGAACAGCAUCAUCCACCGGCUGGAGAAAGCAGCCAACCGAGACGAGCCACACGAGUGGGAAUUCUGAGAAAUUCUCUGGGGACAGAGAAAAGAGUUGAAAAAGAGCUGUUUUUAUAGCAAUGUUGUCCUUUAGUAAAGCACUUGAGGCCCUGCUGGCAACAGGGCUUUAACACCAUUGGUGCAAAAAGAACUGAAGUAAGCUUCAAUAAGCUUUACUCCCAUUCAGACUGCUGUCAAGCUCAUCCCAGUCAGGCUAGAGCAGAACAUAUCCCACAAUACAUCUCUGUUUCCUAGACUUUAAAUUACACUAACUGUUACAGUCCAGACGUUCUCAGGCUGUGGAAAAGCCGCCUCAAACCAAAAGCACUUGAGAAAUGCACGUUAGCAGGAGGCUAGUUUUUUCACCUCCUGCGACAUCUCCAUCUCCUGGCUAUGCAAACUCCAGCACUCCAGGUGUUCCUUCAGAAAGGAACCGGCAUUAUUUGAAAUAUCAGAAGCUUCUCUUAAAAGAAAAAGGGGGGAAAUUGUUUUAUAGCAAUGACAUUGCCACAAAGAGAUUGCACAGUCAGUCGACUCUAAACAACACUCCUUUGAAUUUCUGCAAUUUCUUUGCUCUUUUGUUAGACUAAAAGUUAGUUAGAAACAAUUUAUUGAUUAUAACCAAAUAUUUUAAAUCUACUGUUAACACAGGUACUGUCACAUAAGAAAAAAAAAAACUUUUUUUUGUCUUGUGGUAGCUAAUUAAUUUAAGUUAUGCCUGAAUUAAUUUUCCUUUUUACCGGCUUUAGUCCACCACCUUUUAAGCUUUUCAAGGCGAAUCUUGUGAAAUAGACUCAUUUCUGCACUGUUUUAGACCAAAACUAAUGCAGUAGUGCAGAGGACCAUUAAAAUGAUGUACAGUACUUUCAAAUAUUAUUCUAGAUAUUUUUAAAAGACAAUAGCCUGCUUUAAUCCACACUUUAGAGACCUCAUGCCGAAGGUGGAGGGAGGAGUGUGGUGAAAAUUGAAAAGUACUCUUCUUCUGCUGGAUUUAUAAAAUGCAGCAGUGAUGUUUGAUGGCAGAGUUUAACAGAAGCAUUACAGACCUUUAACCUUCAGGUUCUUCACUACAUCAUUAUCAUAUAAACUCUCUAAACUGCACAAUGAGGGAAAAAAGGAUUCCUUAGCAAAUGAAAUAAUCUACUCUAAACCUAUAAAUAAACAAUAAAGUUGUUUUAUCUAUUGAAAGUGUUGUGUUACACAGUUUCUUUUUCAAUAAAUAAUAGUCUAGCAGUGGAAUAAAACACUUUCAGUUGAUAAAAUGUAAAAAAUUAAAAUAGUACAAAAUAGUACAAAACUGUUGCCCCUUAUGUUCAUUAACUUUACAUCCUGAUCAUUUGUACUGGGUAACUUCAUGGACUGCAGUGCAAACUUUGCUCCAAAGUUAUUUCAGUGAAAGAAAAAAAACAAACCACAUUCACCAACACACUACAGCUUAUAGUACAUAUCAUACACAUUCUGCUUUUUUACCUUUUAAUGGAGAUAUUUUUCUAUUUUUUAGGAGUAACUGGCCUUGUUGGUCCUAUUUUAAACAUAUGAUUCAAAUAGGAUGAAAUGAUCUAGCAAUAAAUGUUUAAUGAUUAAUAGGUGUUUAAUAGGGAUUCAAAUCCCUAGAGAUUCAGUUUGAUUGUGAUUCUUUAUAAAAAAAUAUUCAGUGGCUUCAAGAUAUCUCAAAGUGCACCAAGAUUCACUUUGAUUCUGUUUGAUUCAGUUAGAUUGAUUUGGUGCAGUUCAGAAUUAUUAUAUAUAACAAUAUAAAUAGUAUGUCUCAAUUUAGAAUUAAUCUGAGUAUAAACUGGCCUUUAAUGUGUAAUACAUUAAGUAAAAAAAUCUGGCAUUUCCACGCUUCUCUUUUUAUUUGGAAAAAAAAAAAACGAGAUUUCAGUGCUUUGGAGAAAUAAAUGGGAAAGUUAAAAAGGUCAUUGCCGUUCAGCACAGGUCAAUAUAUUGAACAAGACUUUUAUUUUGUCCUGUACUCGGAAUAAAUACUGCACCAGGUUGUGGCCACUCUGUCUGUUGUGCCAGCUGCCACUGCCUCCCCCUGGUGUCCACAUGUGUGCGUUACAGAUGAUUUUCUUUUUAUUUGUGCUUUACUUUCUCAAAGUGGAUGAUGCUCACCUUUUUUAGUGUAUGAGUCUCUGAAAGCGUCAGCUUGUCCACGUCUUAAAUUAGCAAAUUAACGUUUGUUAGUAUGUUUGCUCAAAGCUUACCAACCUCCACCCCUUAAUCACUGCUUAUCGUAUUUACAUCUGCAUUUUUUAUUUACACAAUUAUGAGAAAAACUAAUGGCAGACAUUAUUUUGUUUGUUGGUGUGGUGUGCUUAUUUAUAGACACUGUCUUAUACAUAUUGAUGUCUUAUUAUUUGUGACAUAUAUAUUUGAUUUUUUUUUCUUUACUGGAAGGGACUAUAAAAGGUCAGGUUACGUAUUAUUAGACUAAUAGACUGCCGGCAGUAUUGGGUUAUGUACUUUUGAUACAUGUCUAUUGAUGAAUUAAUCCUGAAGGCUAUCAUUUUGACUUUGUUUGUAUUAUUCUGUUUUAGAGCUGGAUGAACACAGUUAAUCUAUGGAUGGACAGAAACAGUGCUCUGGAUAAAGUUAUUAAGCAGCCAGAUACACACAUUCUGAAAAUUAUAUUAGCUGUUGGAAAGUAAUUAUCUCUGCCAAUGCUGUGUAAUAUUCAGUGUUACAGUGCUAUGUCAUUUUGCUUUAUUAGAAACCCCCUACCUUGUACCUACACUCAUCUGUCAGUUUAUCAGAAACACCUACAUUUUUGUUUUACAGUUACAGACUACAGCUGUUCUGUUCCAGCUCUUUUCAUCAGUUUCUGCUCCACUCUCUCAUGAACAUCACAUGUCAGUGUCACUCCUGUGUCACAGAACACAGUAUUGGAAUAGCAGUGGGCCUGUGAUCAGAGCAGGGAUUCAGAGGUGGGCUGAUGUAGUUCAGCACCAAAAGAUCUACAGUCUGCACACCUUCAGAGUGGAGCUAUUAGGAGGGUGUUGGUUACGUAACAGUCAGCGAUUGUAGGUAGAAUGUAGGUGUUUCUAAUAAAGUGUCCAGUUUAUUUCUCUUCAGUUUAGGUUCUCUUUCUUUCACCAGAAAGCCAUGAAAGCUGGAAUCACAUUUAUUUUCCUUUGUGCCACUACACACCUCAAAAAGCACAGUAGGCAAUUCAAAACCAUUUGACCAAACCACAGUAUUUGCACUAAUUUAACACCAGGACUGUUCCUUAAUUCACACUCUUUCAUCUGGAGUGCCUUCAUACAAUAAACCCAUCAUUUAAAGCCAUCAAACUGAACCAUUAAUAUACAUUAUGCUAAUAAUAAUAUGUAUUGCAAUGGUGGGUGUAGCAUAAUUAGGUUGUCUAGGUGUUUUAAAGCAAAUGCCAAACGAGUACACCAAAACCAAAUUAAAUCUGCACUGUCCGAAUCUCACCUCAGUUUCAGCUGCAGAGUUACCCUCUCCAGACUCCACCUACAAGCCAGGCUUUAAAAGCUCUAAAAUUCUCUUUGAACCCUUAUGAAUAUUCAUAACACACUCUAAAUGCAGGUAUUGUAAUAUACACUGAGGCGGCACUACAGACGAAUGGAGAAUCAUUUGGAUUCAGCCCGAAAGAGAUUUUUACCCUAUUGUAUUUUCUGUGAAGAUCCAAUCCUAUCUAACCUCACAACAGAAGCUAUAGAGAAACACACUUGUGCUUAAAGUAACUGGAGAGGGUAAUUUAUAAGAGUUCAUCCGUUUUUGUCUCAGGUCAUGGUGUUUAUUUGUUUCUGUUCAAAGUCUCUGUUCCUUUUAAUUGAAGCAAAAUAUCAGCCCAUAUAUUUAGGAUCGAUCAUAAAAACCAAAGUUGUCGAAAUGUUUGAAUUUUAUUUGGAUCAAUUUUAUUGUCAUGUUUUAAAGCCCAGUGUCACAUGGUGUUUUUAAAGCUGGUUAUUAUUAGCAAUAAAUAUCAUGUAAUGUGGACCAAAAAACCUAAAAAAGGUUUUGAACAGCAUGUGUGAAGGGCGCUGGUUAGGCAGACCCUCCAUUUGUGUUUUAAUUCACUGUAAUAUUGAUAAUGUUUUUGUAGGUACCACGAGACAAAGCACUUGAAGUGGACUGUGGACGAUGCAUCUAAUCAUUUUUUGUCAAAUAGUUUUCUAUAUGGGAACACUAACAGAAUGCUAUGGACAUCACACAGCUGUACAGAUGUCACACGUAUCUUAUUUUAUCAGAAUGAUCAAUGUUUAUGUUCAUGGUUGAGUUGGUACAGUAGGUUUAUGUAUUAUUGCUGUAGAUUCUGUAAUUGUUCAAAAAACUAGUUUUAGUUCAAUCCUGAAGAAGCUCCGCACACUCUCACACCACAACCUACGACAGUUUCCUUCACCUACAAUGUCAUUAGAGUGGCAUUAUAAUGAUACACUUGUCAACAUAUUUUAUGCUAAUCAAAUUAGCAGUGAUUUUAAGAAAAUUGUUUGGUUAAAAAUGUAAUUUACUUUUCCUACUUUAACACAUAUGUAGCCAUUCAGCCAAGUCAUGUUUUGUGUUUGAAGUUUAGCUUCUUUAGUUUUACACUGGAGCUACAAGGCUAAUGUAGCUAGCUGAGUAUUGUAUGCUAAUUAACUUCAGGUCUAAAUCAAACACACACUUUAAAACACACACUUUAAAACAAGGUGGAGGUGUUAGGUUAUCUCUAAAAGACUUUAUGUGGUUUUUGACACUGUGUAGCUCGUUAGCAUGAACAGAUGUUCAUUAGCAUAGCUAAAACUGAGCUGUUUGCAGGUUUUUGUUGUUUCCUGGUUUAUUGGAUUGGCCUUUUGGACCGUCAUGAAGAUAGUCAACCAAGGUGACCGGAUAUUAUUAAUCUGACGACACUGUUCCACAAAUAUGAGCAGUUUGAUCAAACUAGUCUGAUGACCAGCUAGGUCAAGUUGUACAUGUUGAUAAAUAAGUUCUGUACUGUAUCAUUAGCUAAGGAUUUUUAGAUGUUUAGUUUAUUAGAGAUAUAUACUGAGAUUACUGUGUGAUGAUUUAGGCAGACGUGCUUAAAUGUGGCUAUUAGAUAGCUCCAGUGCUAAAACUGAAAAAUAAAUUCCAGACACCAAACUUGUCUGUAAAUUGCAAGAGGUGCGAAAAAACUCUGUACAUUUGAUUACUUUUACCAAACUGCUCCAGAACGAAUGGUUGUUUAGCUGCUGUGUGUAUAAAAUGUUUCUGUACGAGUGUGAGAGGCAGGUCCCAACACAAUACUGUUCCCUUUAGCUUAAAUAUGUGUGUGUAUUCUCUCAUCUUUGGCGUCUCACAAAGCUCAGGUAGAAACUCUGUUUAGCGCAGCGCCUCGCUCAGAUACGCUGUCUGUGUCUCCCUCCCUCCUUUCCAACUGCUGAUGCAGUUUUGUGGUCUAUUUUUCUAUGUUUCAUAACUCUGAACCACACGAUGGAGCAAUCGUCCAUUACCUGAAUAAAGAGAACUCUUCCA